AUGGCCAGAAAACUAAAAGGUAAAAAUGUACAAUCAAAAGGUCUUAAAGGAGCAUUAGCACGUCACAAAGUACAAGACAAACUAAACGAAAAACUAAAGCAAAACGCAGAAAUUCAAAAGAAUAAUCAACUACUAAAAUCAAAAUCAAUUAAAACAUCCAAAAAAUUAAAACAAAACAACACAGUUGUGAAAAAGGGGUUCAUGCCGCUCAAACCUAACGAUACAGUCUUGUUGAUUGGAGAAGGUGAUUUUUCAUUUGCUAAAUCAUUAAUAUUACAAAAUUUUAUAAAAGUUGAAAAUUUAAUUGCAACUAGUUUUGAUUCUUAUGAUGAAUUAAUUUUAAAAUACCCAAACACAGUAGAGGAGAAUUUGAAGUUUUUAGAAGAAAAGGGAGGGCAAGUAAAGUUCAAUGUUGAUGCUACUAAUUUGAUACAAUCUUUGGACCUAAACCUCAAUUCAAAGCAGAAAAAAUUGAAACAAAGAGUGAAAUUAUUUGAGAAUGUAAAACCAAAUGAAACAGAUGAAGAUGAUUUAGAAGAAGAUACUAAUAAUAACACUGACAAGUACAAAAAACUAGAUUAUAUAAUGUUCAAUUUUCCACAUACAGGAAAAGGAGUAAAAGAUCAAGACAGAAACAUUCGAGAUCAUCAAAACUUAAUAAUCAACUAUUUCAAAAAUUGUGAUCAAUUGUUUCAAUUAGUAAAUCAGAAAGAUCAAUCGCGUAACGAUUUUGCAGGGUACGAAGAAGAUUGGACACCAAACGGUAAAAUUAUUCUAACUGUAUUUGAAGGAGAGCCUUAUAGUUCAUGGGGUAUUAAAAUUAUAGCAAGAGAACAAAAUUAUAAAGUUGAACAAAGCGGUAGAUUUGAAUGGGGGAUGUUUCCUGAAUAUCAUCAUAAACGUACAAAUAGUUCCCAAGAUACUACUAAACCUGCUAAUGAAAGAGAUGCAAGAUUGUAUGUCUUUGAAAAAAGAGUAGAAACUGAUGACAAGAAUGGGAAAAAUAGUAAAAAGAAAGAAGAUGAUUCUGAUUCAGAAUAA